UAUUGUCGCGCAUUAAACAACUAAGCCACUAUGUCAAAAAACAUAGAGAUGUUCCCUGUGCUCUCAGGAAGUUAAACAGUAGGCACCAUGACUGAGUAAAUGUGAACAUUACAUGACAUUAGCUAGAACAGAGGAUGGACUUUAACAGGACUGUUCUGGUGACUGGAGGCUCUGGCUUCAUUGGCUCUCAUCUUGUUUGUUCACUGGUCAACAGACACCCUGACUGGAGAAUUAUUAACCUGGAUAAUUUGGAUUACUGCUGCAGCCGCAGGAGUCUGGAGAGCAUUGAGGACAGAGCAAACUACACCUUCAUCAGGGGAGAUGUGUGUAACUCCAGGUUGGUGAACCACAUUUUCAACACAGAAAACAUUGAUGUGAUCUUCCACCUGGCAGCCAAAACACACGUCGAGUCGUCAUUUGAAUCUCCAUCUACUUUCCAGCGGGUUAACAUCGACGGCACCAGAGUUCUGCUGGGAGCUGCCCAUCAGGCCCGACACCAGCCGCAACGUUUCGUCUACGUCAGCACCGAUGAAGUGUACGGAGCCAGUCUGGACGAGGUGUUUGAUGAGAACAGUCCAAUGAGACCCUCCAACCCAUACUCUGCCACUAAAGCAGCUGCAGAGUACCUGGUCAGAUCCUACUGGGACAAAUAUAAGUUUCCAAUCAUUAUUACCAGGAGCAACAACAUCUACGGGCCCAGGCAGUUCACUGAGAAGGUCAUUCCGAGGUUUCUCACCCUCUUGCAAUCGAACAAGAAAUGCACCAUCCAGGGUACCCUCCCUAAAUCCCGCCAUUUCCUGUUUGUCGAUGACGCCAUCAGUGCCUUCCUGCUGGUUCUGGAGAAAGGGAAUGUGGGUGAAAUCUAUAAUGUGGGAACAGGCUGCGAGAUUCCCAUCAUGCAACUGGCCAGGGAGCUUAUUAGGAUGGUCAAGAAUGUGCCAGACUCUGAGGUGAACGACUGGCUCGAGUUUGUGCCUGACAGGCCGCGGGUCGACUUGCGCUACCCCAUCAAAUGUGACAAGCUGCAGCAGCUGGGCUGGAGAGCUGAGGUGUCCUGGGCUGAAGGCAUCAGACAGACUGUCAAAUGGUACCAGGACAACCCAGAUUUCUGGUCUGAUGUGAGCGAGGAUGAAAGACCAAACAGAAGCAAGCUUGAAAACACUCCCAGCAAAUAAGUGACCUCAGCUGUGCCCUGCAGCUUGUCUGACAAGCCACCGAGCUGUGACGUUAUUCUUAAAUUUCACAUGAUAUUUGUGUAGCACAGAUGCUGUUAUGGCUGAUUUACAGCUCAAAUAACAACUACUGCUCUGUCAUUACUCUCAACUGAUGCGACCAACAGGCCCUGAGGUGCCGACCAGCAGGAAGGCAGCGCUUCCCUUCAACCAAAGCAGAGUUUCACCUGGAAAUGAAUGCACUUUAUCUAGAUGUUAAUGACUGAUUCUGCUUAUGUUGACAAGUGGUCUUAUUUUUAUUAUGUAUGUGGUUUAGAUGAGUAAACAUACUCUGUGGAGGAGGGUAGAAACCAGAACGCUCCAUUAAAUAAUUAACCAGCAUCCAGUUGAUUAUAAAACACUGAAAUCUCAGUGAAUCUGGAAAGUAUUUCCCGACUGCAACAUCUGGGAUAUAGCAAGUCUGUUUUGGUCCUUGCCUGAGGGGAAACACAGACAGGAACAGGCCAAGGAACAGGAGCAGGGACACCAAAACAAGCACAAAUCAAAGACAUCAGUCGCUGUCAGGUGUCAAACUGCAGCAUCACACUUGAAUUUAUUCUGGCAUUUUUGAAAGACUUCUGGGAGCAUAUUUCCACAGGGUGUGUUUACUCAAAGUCAGAAGGUAGCUCAUCAAUCCGGUGACCAAAUGUUCUAGUGGUGCAGCUCAGAACAGGGAAGACAGUUACUUGUAGACGUGGUCAAGAAACAGGCUUUCCCCCAGGGGAAGUCUCACAGGUUUCUCCUGUUCAUGGCAUUAAAGAUUAUGAAGGAAACCCCUGUUCUGAGUUGUUCCACCUUCUGCCAACAUUCAGCAUGCGUAGCAAGUUGUAGCAGCUGUACUGUACUGAACUUUACAUUUCAGAAUUAUCUUAAACCUCUUACAGCAUUUUGAUUAAAGACUUCAGUGUUCUUAUAAUAAAUGGUUAAAAAGGGAACUGCAGCUUAAUUUAAAGUCCAGUCCUCUCAGUUGAGUGUGCUUUAUACUGUACACAUUCCAAAUGUUUUUUCACACAAUGCUGAAGAAUGUGUUUAACUACAAAUAAACUUUGUAUUUAAUAAGUUGGAGGUAUCACGCGUUUCUCAAACAUCUAAAAUCCUACACAUAUAACACAAAAGAAGAAGAGGCAGAUCAAAACACCAGCUACAUUUGCAAAUCCAAACCUUUAUUUGUGGUAAAAUCAGAAUAGAUGCACAGUUUUUUUUCUUCGUGCAGUGCUCCUCUUCGUGCACAACUGCUAAACUAAUACAUAAAGCAAAUACUAACUACCAGGCCGCUGCUGCCGUCUGUCCACAUUAAGGGGGAUCUGGCCAAUCAGUAAUGGCAACAACACUUGGUUCUAUUUCAUUUCAAUUCAGUCUCUACACAGGAAUCAUCCCUAAGUAUGAUUACACGCUUUUUUGUUUUAAAUCUUAGAUCACCUAAAGUUAACUGAAUUGAAAGUGAAAUAAAGCAGCAGUGUUUUGUGCACUUUGUUUCCCAGAGUGCCAUUUGUCAGUAACUACAAGAGAGCCAUGAAGUUAUUGUCGCAACUGUGUGUGUGCACACAAAGGGCUGUAAAAUGGGAUUAUUAACCUGUGUGCCAUGGCCUGUCAAUGAUCAUGGCUUUGCUUUGGUUCCAUUGCAUUCUGGUCCACUGAGGCUACAGUCAUGUAACUGCAGUGUCUGUGCUAAGUGGACCAACAGUAGAAAUACAACUUACAUCAUCCUUCACGUGCAUGUAAUUUGAAGAGUCAUGGAUCAGCUGCAAGUUGCAAUAAAAAAACACAACCCUCAUGUUACUCUAAUGUAAAAGACAGCAGGAUGGAUCCUCAUUUCUGAUUGGCCAGAAGCUCCCCCUGGGACAACAUUAACACACCGACGCCUGAAAAUAUGCAAAUCACAACAACAUAGCAAUAGAACCACAGUUAAUUCUGUGUUAUGAGGACUUUAAAGGUCGCCACUUGCCAGACAUUCACAACAAGGGUAUUAACGGGAAGGAAAAGUGUAAAGACUCAAAUGAAAAGAAAAAAACAAACAAAAAAAACAACCGACUUGGAGAGAAUCUGGACACUUGUUUUUUGUACUGCAUGUAUUUUUUUUUUU